UCUUUUUAGUGCGGAGUUGCAGGACCUCGAUUGGCGACCGCCAGGUCACCGUCUUCAGUUGUAAACAUGGCAGAUGGAUCACAGCAUCCAUCAGUGUUUCAGAAGAUACAUGGACAGUCCAACUUUGUUUCUAGGCUUUCACCUAACUUACAUGCUCGGAAUUAUUCUGUGAGUGGUACAUAUGUCAAUGGGGGCUUGCAGACUGCUUUGUUUCCAUCACAGCAAGGCACUGUAGUGGGACAUGUUUCCCCUAUUUCUCCCGUACUUGUUCAAGCUCCAGCAGAGAAAGGUGCUAAAUCCUUUUUGGUGGAUUUCCUCAUGGGUGGAGUUUCUGCAGCUGUUUCCAAGACAGCAGCUGCUCCAAUUGAGAGGGUUAAAUUGCUUAUCCAGAAUCAGGAUGAAAUGAUCAAAGCUGGUCGGUUAUCUGAACCAUACAAAGGAAUCAGUGACUGCUUUGCCAGAACCAUCAAGGAUGAAGGUGUCAUUUCUCUAUGGAGAGGGAACACAGCAAAUGUUAUCAGAUACUUCCCAACACAGGCUUUAAACUUUGCUUUCAAGGAUUAUUUCAAGAGGAUGUUCAACUUCAAGAAGGACAAAGAUGGCUACUGGAAGUGGUUUGCUGGGAAUUUGGCAUCAGGUGGUGCUGCUGGUGCUUCAUCUCUCCUUUUUGUUUAUUCCUUGGAUUAUGCUCGUACACGUUUGGCUAAUGAUGCCAAGGCUGCUAAAAAGGGUGGUCAAAGACAGUUUAAUGGUUUGAUUGAUGUUUACAAGAAGACCAUCCAAUCUGAUGGCUAUGCUGGGCUCUAUCGUGGAUUUAAUAUCUCAUGUGUUGGAAUUAUUGUAUACCGUGGGCUUUACUUUGGAAUGUAUGAUUCUCUGAAACCCGUGGUUUUGGUUGGUGGAUUGCAGGAUAGUUUCUUGGCUAGUUUCUUGCUGGGAUGGGCUAUCACAAUUGGAGCUGGACUUGCUUCUUACCCCAUUGACACAGUUCGUAGAAGAAUGAUGAUGACCUCUGGGGAAGCAGUGAAGUACAAGAGUUCAAUGGAUGCUUUUUCACAGAUUGUUAAGAAUGAAGGUACUAAAUCACUCUUCAAGGGUGCUGGAGCAAACAUCCUGCGUGCUGUUGCAGGUGCUGGUGUCCUUGCUGGUUAUGACAAGUUGCAGCUCAUUCUCUUUGGCAAGAAAUAUGGAUCAGGCGGAGGCGGCUAAUACCGUCACAGUGUCAAGUGAGUUAGCGGCUAAUACCGUCAUGUGAGUUGGUAUCUUUGGUUGCAAUAAAUUGAGAUGGACAAUAGCUUUCAUAUUCCUACCCAGUAGUUAGGAAUUUGAUGUGGAAAGUUUGAUGACGAAAAAAAGUAGUACUUUGAAUUUGAAGGUAACGUGUGUUCCUUGUUUAAGACCAAUUCAGUUUUCACCCUUUUAAUUGAGAAUCACACUGUGCUUGCAAAUUUUUAUGCUUGAUUUAUAGUAUGUAAUUUCUGUUGUGUUUGAGUUCUGAUUUACACUAAU